AGGUCGAGAACGGGGACAUGAACUGGAUCAUUCCUGACAAGUUCUUGGCAUUUGCAGGGCCUAGCCCGACUUCUACAGAUGCCGAUGGGUUUCCUGCGUUUACUCCAGAGGACUAUGUGCCAAUCUUCCGCGACGCGGGAAUAGGCCUUGUAGUGCGGUUGAACAAGAAACAGUACGAUCGGCGGCGAUUUGCAGACCAUGGCUUGAAGCAUGUUGAUCUCUACUUUUUGGACGGCAGCUGUCCAGAUAAGGAGAUCAUCUCCAAAUUCCUUCUCAUUGUCGAGAAUGAGCCCAGUGCAGUCGCUGUCCACUGCAAGGCAGGCUUGGGACGCACAGGAUCAUUGAUUGGCCUUUAUGCUAUGAAGCACUACCAAUUUCCUGCCCGAGCCUGGAUUGGGUGGAACAGGAUAUGCCGUCCAGGUAGUAUCUUGGGCCCCCAGCAACAGUUCCUCUGUGACAUGCAGCAAGACAUGUGGCAGGCUGGAGAAGCGGCGAGGGGGCCAUCUGCAAGUCUGACAACAGACCUCGAGAAGAAGAUGGCUGAUUUAAGCCUUCGGGAUCUUCGACAGGCGGAAAGACAGGAAGAUGUCGGACAAGGUGACCGAUUGGUUGGAGCCAAGCGACAGGGUGGAAGUCCCAGCGGCUCUCCAGCAGCAGCCAUUAGUGUCAAUGGUGCUCCGAUGAUAGCACUGCCUCGAAUGUCUGCAAAUGGGGCGCAAGAUCCCCCAACACCUCUAAGCCCUUCGGCGAAGCCGGGUGCCAGGGGUGAGGACCGCCCUGUGAUGGGCAUGCUCCGACGCAGCCUAAAUGGAAUCUUUGGCCAAUGAGGCUUCGCACCAAUGCAGGCCGAGCGUGGUUGCAUUGCAUUUGGUGAGAAGCCUGUCAUCCUUGAGGAUCAUAGAAGCAAAGCCAAUUUGAGCUUUAGCAAGAGCAAAGUCGAGCAAAGUGGCCUAUUAGUCUGAUUUCAAC